AUGAAUAAGCUCAGCAAGCUCUACGUGUUUACGCAACGCAGGACUUUCACAGGCAGAGGACCUAUUGCAGUAACACGAUAUUGGAGUACGAGCAAGAAAAUGAGCGGCGAAUCAAACGACAUAAAAUGGAACGAUGCACUGACGCCAUUGCAGCUGAUGGUGCUCAGAGAUAAGGCUACUGAAAGACCCAACACAGGUGCGUAUUUACACUCUAAGGAACCUGGUGUCUAUCAUUGUGCUAACUGUGACACACCACUGUAUUCUAGUAAUGCUAAAUUCGAUGCUCGUUGUGGCUGGCCCGCAUUUUAUGAAGAGAUAUCCCCUGGAGCAAUCACUUACCACCGUGACAAUUCUUUGAUGCCUGCAAGGGUAGAGAUAUGUUGUGCAAGGUGUGGUGGUCAUCUUGGACAUGUGUUCGAAGGCGAAGGUUGGAAGCAGUUGCUGAACUUACCCAAGGAUACUAGACACUGUGUGAACAGCGCUUCGUUAAACUUGAAAAAGGAUUAG